UGGAGAGGCAGCACUCUUCAUACGGAAAGUGAAACCGAGGAAGAGGAAGGGAUAAUAACACAAUGCUCAUCAUCGUUUGCUGUGUCCUCCGAUGGCACCGGGAGCCUGGUGGAUCAUGAGUCGGCAGGAGUCGCCGAGGCCAGUUCUUCACGGGAAGGCGGGGCAUCCGGUAGGUAGUAGCUUUGCUGCAUCUCGAAACGAACGAAAUGAGGGGCCCGAUUGACGUGCGCUUUUCACGGUUCACAUAUAAAGCUGGAGAAAGCCGCAUCCUCUUCGAGAAGUCAUCUCCAGAAACACAAUAUCAACCAUAGCCUUGAGAUAUACAUUGUAGGACACAAAGUAAUCCUCCAUCAUGACUUUCACACCAACUCGAAUUUUGAUCUUUGGCGGGACCGGCACCAUCGGCUCCUACAUCACUACGUCCCUGCUCCGUGCCCAGCCCCGGUUCCCUCAAAUCACGCUCUUCACCUCCCCCGGGACCGCCGAAAAGAAGGCAUCUCAGAUCGCGAAAUGGAAGUCGGAUGGUCUCUCGGUCAUUGUUGGUGACCUAACUUCAUCCGCCGACGUCAAGUCCGCGUAUCAGUCUUCCCAAGCAGACACAGUCAUCUCAGCAGUGGGGCGCGGAGGUCUUCAGCACCAGAUCGAACUGCUGCGCCUGGCUGAGGAGUCCAACACUGUCCAGUGGUUCUUGCCGAGCGAGUAUGGCACUGAUAUUGAACACAACGACAAGAGCCCUGAUGAGAAGCCCCACCAGUUGAAGCUCAAGGUGCGGAAAUACAUUAGAGACGAGCUAAGGAGGGUCAAGGUGACAUACGUGGUCACUGGGCCGUAUUUCGAUAUGUGGGUUGACACUGCUCCUGGUCUGGAGUCUGCUGGCGGCUUCAAGCCUGAGGAGAAGAAGGCGUGGAUUAUUGAGGAUGGAGAGGGCAAAAUUGGCUUUUGCACCAUGUGGGAUGUGGGCAAGUUCGUUGUUGGAACACUCCGUCAUGCCGAGGAGUCUUUUGGGAAGGCCCUCAAGGUCCAAAGCUUCAUUGUUUCGCCCAACGAAGUUCUGGCCGAGUAUGAGAAGCAGACUGGCGCCAAGUGGGAGGUCACCAAGACGCCCCUGGAUGACCUCAAAUCUUUGGAAAUUGACUUGUGGGCAAAAGGCAAUCCUAGGGCGACCAGUGCCACACUCCGAAGGAUCUGGGCUGAAGGGGGUACUUUGUAUGAAAAGAACGACAAUGAUGUGUUGAAUGUGGAAGGUUUGGAUUCCUUGGCAGAUGCUGUGAAGCACGCGCUCGCAGGAGGGUACAAGGCCGAUACCUUUUAGGUUACCAGUACCAAUAUCUUAUGAAAUGAGAGGAAGUAAUGAGCAUUCUUGUUCUAAGUGGUGGGAGAGUAUGGAAGCUUAAUUGAUUAGAUAGCGGGGUCUCUUAUGGCCCCACUAUCAAUGCAUGUUUCUUAUUGGUCAUCGAGUCCAGCAGUCGCUCCCGGCAGGCACUGUCAAUAAUUUUCUUCGACGC